AUGGAGCGGAAGACUCUAACAAGGCAUGACGACUUCUCUUCUGUCUCUUGUAAUAACGAAAACGCCAAUGAACACAAGCACAACUGCACCGCCAAUGUUUAUUCCGAUUCCAAGCACAACCAAUGCACUGUUACUACUAGAUCAAUUUUGAGGGGUAGGCCAGGAUACCACAGGCUCCAAUGUGGAUCCACUAGAGUGCACAUUUGUUUGAGUUUAUUCAAGAUUCAAAGUACAUUAUCAUUUAGAGAUCAGGAAAUGGGGCCUCUUUCAUGGUAUUUGAAAAUGCUUGAUGUUCGUCCGCUCUACACGAAGAGCAUCUCCGCUGGCUUGAUCUACGCAGCUGCUGAUUUGACUGCACAGAUGAUGACCAUGGAAUCUUGGGGUUCUUUAAACAUAAUAAGAACAUUACGCAUGUCAAUGUUCGGGCUCUUUUUCCUAGGGCCCGCACAACACGUAUGGUUUAAUUUCUUAGGAAGAAUCCUACCAAAACGAGACAUGACCACCACCUUCAAGAAGCUAGUUGUUGGUCAAAUCUUUUACGGACCCACUUGCACCGCCGUUUUUUUCAUUUACAACGCGUUUCUACAAGGUGAAAGUGCUAGUGAGGUUGGUUCAAGAUUGAGGAGAGAUCUUGUGCCAACUUUAACAGGCGGUCUUAUGUAUUGGCCGGUGUGCGAUUUCUUCACUUACAAAAUCAUCCCCGUUCAUUUGCAGCCAUUAAUGAAUAGUUCGUUUUCAUAUUUGUGGACUAUAUACUUGACGUACAUGGCAAGCAAUAGGGGUGAGCAUCGAUCCCUCAAGAGCACAGUUUUUGUGCAGGUGGAUGGAAUUUGGUGAAGGAUAUGAUAUAAUAAAAUGGGUUAAAAGUAGUUGAGAGUUGUUCUAUAUUAAGGUGCUAUAUAAUGGAAGUGUUUAUGAACUUGACUGCCGUACGAAUAAAAAGUUUGUUCUAAAAGAUUCUUCAAGGGUAGUUUUGUCUUUUGGCUUUGGCAAAUUUAGGAAGGUAGAUCACACCUUUCAACAUUCUCACCUGUCUACUGAGUGCAUUUAGGGAACUCGUGGACAUGGUGCGAUUUUCGUUUUUCAUUUCGUGUUGGAGUUUCCUAUAC